AAAUAAAAUUUGCAAUUGGCCUCACUAAGCUAGAGAUGGCGUUAGAUCCCCUGUAUUAACAUGGUUGUGUAUAUUUGGGCUGUUGUGGGAAGUUGUUUUGUUUCUUCUGGGUCACAUCUAAUCAAGAUCAGAUGGCUGUCUUGAGAAAGUAAAGUGACGUAUUGCAAAAGGCUACCAACAAUAUAUACGAGACCAGGACGUGGUUAGCCUUUGUUCAGUUAAAACAAUCUCCCGAGGUCUUCAAUAAAAAUUUGAUUUUCCAAAAAUGGUCAACGUCCCUCCACUUUUAUGUAGUACUCCUCCACCCAUAGAUGAUAUCGAUGAAGAUGACUAUGUCGAUGUUUUACCGCCUACAAUGGGAGGAAUCGAAGAUGAAGAGUUCUGUGAUUUCUCAGUUGAAGACGCUAAAAGUGACGAGUCACUGCCUUCGCCGCGACCAUCACCAGAUCUACCACAAAUUGGAUUGGUUUCUGAUGAAAUUUAUAUAAACCAUUUAGAAAUAUUGCCACCAACGGGUGCAAAAAUUAAAAAAGAGGAUAAAGACACUCCUAUAGUAGAGACAUAUAACUAUAGUAUUAAUCAUCAAGCCAAAGAAUCUGCUAGAGCAAAAAUUGAAAAAGAUUCUUUUGAUACAACUGCAGAAACCCAUAAGGACGUUUCAUGCUCAGACAAUAAAACUGAUGGAGAUGGCGUACUAGGAGAAACUGACGCAAGAGCCAAGCAUAUUUCUGGAGUCCUUCUUAAUUUAGAUGCUAAUAAUGAAAGCAGUUAUUUGGCAAACAAAAUAUCAAUUGAGGAUGUCGAAGAUGAUUUGAGCGAAAAUGAACUAUAUUCGCCAAAAAUUCCGAAAAAUUUUACUGAAAUUUAUGCAACCAAUAGCAAUGAUUAUUUUAAAAUUUAUGACAUUCGAUCAGAAAAAGAAAACCAUGAAAACUUAAGUACCAUUGUGGGAAAUCAACAUGUUACCGAUUUGUCCCGGAAAUCGUCUUUGCAGGACAUCAAUACUUUACCACCAUCAAACGAAGCAGUAACCUAUAACACAGAUGAUGACUUUGGAGACUUUGCUGAUUAUCAAGAUUUUAACACGAGCGUACAAUCCUCUGUACCGAAAACAAUAGAAGCUGCUAACGAUCCUCGCGAUGGGAUAUGCAGUGGAGAAUUAGCAAGCAAUACGGAUGAAAUUGAAGUUUUUACGCAAACUUCAAAAGAUGUUAUAAAGAGUGACAAAGUGGGUGUUCUUGAAUCGGCCAUGGAUACACCAUCAGUCGAUGAAACGACUGGUUCAAAUGAUGAUGAAGAUUUCGAUGAAUUUGCUUCCCACGAAAUGACACUCGGCAGCGUACCUAACGUUAGCAUUCCAAAAAAUUUAAAUUUUGAAAGUGAGAGUCAAAUGUCAAAUAGUCCAAACACUGAUUUAAUAUGCGAAGAAUCUGAAAAUGAUUUUGCAGAUUUUCAAGAGAUCCAAAUUCCCGCCACAGAAGAACUGACAAAUGAACAUUUCAAUAACCGGACAUGUGAACUACCUAAUCCGGAAGAUUUAACGAAAGUGGAUGUUGUAGAUGCAUUCAGUGAUUACGACGAUGACGAUUUUGGUGAUUUUAAUACGGCUCAACCAACAAACGAAACGGUUUCCACAAUAACCACUAGUCAGUCCUCGAGCACUAUCGCCCACGCUCCAUUACCUUUGUCAGUGUCUAAGAACCUCAAUGAGCGCAUUUCCAACAUUGUACAGAUGAUGUUCACAUCCGUGCACGAGCCCAAUCCUCUCUCUAAGGAGAUUGAUGCAAAAUUCAAAACACAAAAAAUCCAGGACAUACCUUUCACACCGAUAGAUGCAGCAAAAGCUCUAGAAUACCAAUGGUUGAGCUCGGAAACUCGGCACUCUUUCAUAAAAUCAUUGGGCAUUGACUCUAGAAAUAUUCUAUAUGGGGAAAACUGGAACCCCGCAUUACCAAGAUUUGCCGCAAACUUAAGUUUUAAUCCUUUAAAACCUAUGAAACCUAUAGUAUCCAAUAGUGGAUCCGACUGCUUUUCUCCACCUCUAGAGCCAGUUCCUGUACCUUCUAGCGAUUGUAACAAACCUAAUGUCAAUAAUUUAGCUAUAAACAAAAAGGAUGAUGUCGAAUUAGAUUGGCACAUCUCGACGGGGGAGCAGAUCACUGAUGCUUCCAAUGACAAAAAUGCUACAAUAACAGCUGAGAUUCCCAUUACGUCUAAAACCGAGGUGGUGUCCCCUAUUCCUUACACAGCUGAUGAGCCACCCGAUCCAUUGACGAUGUUUGAGAAUGCAGUGGACAACGACGACAAUAAACUCUCAACAACUCCGCCAAUUAGUGAAAUGCAGUCCGUGGACACAUUUUCCUUACCUUCUUCAACAGGUCUAGAUGUGGAAUGUAAUUUUAGAACAUUAGAAAUUAACCAAGCAAAUGGUAAAGCCAAGGAUUCACUUGAAAUUGUUGUGGCCUCAACUACAUUUUCGGGAUCAUUCAAAGAAACGCAUAUAUACACACCUCCGAAAACUGUUGAAAAUUCAAUAUCAACACCAUCAACUUCGACAGCAUCACCUGCCAAAUCGACCAAUAUCGAUUUUGAUUAUGAAAGGGCGGCCAUGGGUGUUAUAAUAGAUGAAACGGUGGUUAAAAAAGAAUACCGGGAUAUUGAGUAUAACUCUCCCUUUACCAUCGACUCACUUACACGAUCACCACAAAAGAUAGAGGCGGAAAAUGCACCCAUUUCAACAAUCCAGCAACCAAAGAAAAAUAUCGACAACGAAGUGGUUGACGAUGAAGAAUCGAAUGACGAAUUUUCAGACUUUCAAUCAGUGCCAACCACUAUUUCCACCAAACCCUUACCUACGCCAACAGACCUGAGUCCUCCUGCAAACGUCAGUACUUCGGAGAGUUCAAAAGUUAGCAUUUCAACAUACGGCAUGAUUUUGAGUCCAGCAAUUUUAAUACCUCAAGCCAUAUCAAUGGAAUCCAACCGGCCAAAAAUUGAAUGGGGUGAAGCCGCAGCCUCAAUAAAUCCGGAGGAAUUGGCACGUAUUGAAGAACUUUUUCCCGAACCCUCUAAAAGCACCAAGUCCAAUACAAACAAUUCAUCACAAAAAUCUACUCCUACCCACCAAGCCGCUCCCACAAUAAGCGCCGCCGUUGCCAACAAAGAAUUGGAAAGUGGUAACGAUGAUGAUGACUGGUCCGAUUUCGUGUCGGUUCCAGUGGUUACGUCUUUGGCAAAUAACAAUAGGCCUAUUUCGGUUAACAACAAUGCAGCCGCAAAAAGCGGAGCGAAUUCUCCUUUCAAACAAAAAUCUCCCAUAAACUCCUCCAAAGUUCCAAAUUGCAACUCGAAUAACGACGAUGAAUGGUCAGAUUUUGUAUCCAGCGCGCCCCCGAAGGAAUCCCAGCAGGCGGCGGCACCAACGCAGAGAGUCCCCCAAUUUAAUAGCGGUGCUUGGCAAAAUGCCAAUUUUUACAACAACCCAUUGAGUUUGUAUCACAAAGGCCACUUGAAUAUGCACCCAUCAGCUGCAAGUCAACAGCAAUCGUCCAAGAAUUUUCUAAACAAUAAUAACAACAACUUUCACCAGUACAAUCAUCAAUUCCCAGCCGCCACCAAUCAGCAGCAGAUACACGUUAUGCAGAAUUUUUCGACAGCACCAGUACCUACGCCAGAACGGCUUGCAGCUGCUGCAAAAACUCAAUUUCAAGUGGGAUCGGCCAAAGUGGCGCCUAGCAUAGCGUUGAUACCCGAUUUGGGUUUCGUUGCACCGGCCAUACCGACACACACCUCAUUUAUCAACUCUCUGCCAAAACCUUCCAUAAAUACAAAAAAAUGACGUUUGCUCAAAAGCCAGAAUCACAAUUGCAAUGGCCACCAACAGCAAAAUCUGGUAAACUCGACCAUUCAACAUUCCUCCCAACGUAUUCAAAAAAUUAUGACUACGACGACGGCCAUGUCAAAAAACUCUACUUACCGUUCCAAUGCAUGUGCUACAAGUUACAGUGAUGAUAUUUUAAUAUAGAACCAUUUUAUUAUAUUUUUUAGUCUCCCCAAGUUGUAUGUAAAUGUGUGUAGUUUAGCAUAACAGCUGCAUCGAUUGUUGUUGGAAGAAAACAUCUUCGAAUUUUAGUCAUCGUACGAGAAUGUAUUGAAUUCAGGUCUGGUCGAAAAUGCCCAAAAAAGAAAUUGUAGAAAAGCAACAACAACAGCGACUUUAAUCCCGGUUUUUACACACAUCACAGUGUGCAGCAAAAUGAAAUAGGGAUGACUUCCAAUUGGAAGGAAAAACGCUAAGUAGUGGGAUUCCCGCUUUUUUUUAAUAGCUUCUUUAGAUGGCUCAUAAAACUAUAUAAAAUUUUUAUUUCUCCCCCAACUUUUCAUCUAUACUUUGAAAAGGCUGUAUAAGCUUUUCCAACCACGUUACCACAUUGACAACGACCCAUUUUUAGCGCAAUUUAUUAUGAGCUUGGUUAUAAAAAGUGUGUACAUGUAUCACAGCAUAGAAUUUAUUACAAUGAAACUUUGAAAGAUAAAUGUUGUAAAUGUUAACACCGGUACUCAAAAAACUUAAUGUAGAUUUGAAAUAGGCGUAUUUGACAGAUUUCCUUCAUAGAACUGCCAGAUAAACCUAUCUUAAGGUUUCAUAAAGUUUUGUGAAUACGGUCGUAAAUGUUUGUUUUUUCAAACUUCAAAGGCAUACGGAUCAUUAAGAAUAGUUGAAAGAUUAUUUUGCCAGUUUCAGAAACAUUUCCCAUUGAAUUUUCCAGAUGGCUGUCCAUACUAUAACAGCCUUGUUCGCAAAAUAAUAAAAUAGCUCGAUAAACCGAAAAUAGGAAAAAUUUUCAUUUUCGUAAACACAUAAUAGCCAAUUUUUUUCACUUCAUUUUUCAGUUCUGUGAACAUAAACGUGUACGAAUGAAAGCGAAACAAAUAAAAUCACGCUAAGUUCGCCCAUGCCGAAAUAUGAUAUUUCACCACCAUAAUCUUUUUCUAUUAAUGGACCUAUCUAAGCGUGAAUAUUAAAUAUCAUGAGUGUACUAUACGUUCAAAAUUUCCGCCGAACUCGACAAAAAUUUAAGAAAUAUAUAUCGCGUCUAUAUUUCAUUUUUAGAUCUACUUGGACGCCAUUUCAACUAAAUUUGCCCUUAAUCUCCAAACCGCUUUUUUGGGGGCAUAUUUGUAUGGAGCAUGAUGUGGUUGUGUGACAGCAUAAGUGUAAUUUAAAAUCAACGGUAGAGUUGCUCUCACUUUGUCUCGUGAUGCAAACAAAUUAAAAUAAUGUCGACACCUCUCGAGCAGGAAGAUUACACAGGUUCAGAGAGCGUGUUGUAUUAUUUGAAAAAAAAAAUCGUACAAUAACUUAAUAAUAAGAUGGUGCAGUGUCAACGCAAGAACGUCGCGGGUGAACAUUUUUAAGGACAGUAAGUUGUUCAAUAGGGAAAGAACAACCAAGAUGGUGAAGUCACGCACUGCUUUGGAGUUCUCGCCUUUCCUGAACAUGACAAAAUCCGCAAAAUCCAAUUUGGUACCUGGCUAUAGCGGAGUUAAGGGGAGUGAAAGGAUAGACGUCUUAACUGUAAGACUCAGAGAACUGCUAUCAUUUGUAAAUAUGAAGCCUUUCAAGGCAGUCCAAGUUAAGAGAAUUGGGCGGCGUAUAGUGGAACACAUUGAAGGCAUAAAUAAGACUACGAUUAGUUAAUUCCUUGUUUAGAUUGAUUUUUCAUAAUGUAGAGCGAACAGCAAGCCGAUGACUGGCUAAGAUAUAUGUCCAUAGUGGCAUAAGACGGGCUAAAAUCUGCACGCUUUUACAAAAAUCUUAAAACUAGCACCAAUAAUUUGAAAGAAAAAUAAUUUCUUUUUUUCUCACUGUCAAAUAACUAAAAUUACCAAAUUCUAGAAACUUUCAAUAGUUAUUUGCCUGUUAUUGCGUGUUUGUGAAUAUGCAAUUUUAAAAUCAGUUUAUAAAGCGAAAAGUGUGUUAUACAUACUUAAAAGAAAUUUUAAGCCCAUGAAAAAAAUUUUUUGCGAAUAACUUACAUAUUAAAAAUAGCUGAAACAAUUGUUUUUUGACUCAGAGUCCUAAAGAUUGUAAGCCUACCGACGGAGUUCCCGAAUUCCAACUAUGGAUAUGGCCUGUCGCUUUAAAAGUAAAAAGUGCUCUAAGUUGGUCUUAUCAACAUCCAUUGGAGCUAAAUAUUCAUAAAAUGGCAACUAACUCUUUUCGGCAAAUUAAAGUUUGUGGCAUGUAACAACAUUUGUCGAUCAUUCUCACAGGCUCACAGUGUGGCACUGUUCAAUCUGUGUUUGGCUGGAACGACCAUGAUAUCCAUGACUUAUCAUUGGCCAGUGCAGCGAGAAAGGUAUCGUUGAUUUGAAUUUAAUUUGUAUUCUUACAAAUAUCGGUUCUGUUUGUCACUGUUCAAAGAAAUUUGUUAUUAUCACGUCAACAAAGUCCCAACAUUAAUUUCUUGUGUUGCAAAACUUGUUCUUCUAUUCUUCGAAUUCUUAUGAUGACAAUUUUUUGAAAUGUCAACACUUUGUUCGCAUGCCAAUGACAAGUUCUUUCAAGGUGUGAGAGGGAAUGUCUACGUGGAAUGAUAUGAGAAUUUGUUCCGUGCAUAUUGGACAAAAGUUGAUAUGUAUUGCAAUUGUACUUAAUUUAAAGCCAGCAAGCUGUUUUUUCUUUUUUUUUUUUUAAUUAUUUUUGCGUCUUGUUAUGAUAUGUUUAACAUAAUAGUAUUGUAAAUAGAUAACAAUGCAACUGUUCUUACCUUGUUUUGAAAUUUUAAAUAGUUUGUAUGUGUAUGUGUAACGUAUAACCAGGCAAGUGAAACCCCUAAUACGAAUAUUACUACUAUAUAGAGCAUACAAGCAUUCAUUAAUAUAAAAUGUAUUGUUAUAACAAAUUCAAAAUAAAUUGUCAUGUUUUAUUUAUUGUUCA